CAUUAUAAGAAUCGUAAAGGCGCGUUUUCCUGCUCUAAAAAAAACAUUCAGGGCAGGGGCUAAGUAGCUUUUUUCCUGGUGUUUUCUUUUCUUUUAUUCAACAGCCGCGGUAGCAUUAACCAGGUUAAACAAUGGGAGACAAGCUGGAUAUGUCGUUGGACGAGAUUAUAAAGCAGAAUAAACAGCAGCGGGGAGGCGCGGGUGGCCGCGGUGGGAGAGGCGGCCGAGGCCGAGGUGGCGCUGGCCGCGGUGCAGGAGGAGCCGGGCGGCUAGGGGCUAACGCAGGCGGAAGCUUUGGAGGCCGCGGCGGAGCCUCAGGCCCCAUGAGGAAUCGUCAGAACCUGAACCGGGGCAGAAGCAGACCCACGCCGUACAGCAGGCCCAAGCAGCUCCCGGACAAGUGGCAGCACGACCUGUUCGACAAUGGCUUUAGCACCAAUUCUGGAGGUGGUGGUGGCGGCGGUGGUGGAGGAGCAGGCAUGGAAACCGGAGGGAAGCUGCUUGUAUCCAAUCUUGACUUUGGGGUCUCUGAUGCAGACAUUCAGGAACUUUUUGCAGAGUUUGGCACCUUGAAAAAGGCCGCAGUUCAUUAUGACCGGUCCGGGCGCAGUCUUGGCACAGCAGAUGUUCAUUUUGAAAGGAAAGCAGAUGCAUUGAAAGCCAUGAAGCAGUACAAUGGUGUUCCCCUUGAUGGUCGUCCAAUGAACAUUCAGCUAGUCACGUCACAGAUUGAUGCACAGAGACGAGCUCCAAUGCAGGGUCUGAGUCGUGGUGGAGGUAUAAACAGGAACAAAAUGGGAGGCUUUGGAGGCAUGCAGAGAGGACGAGGAGGUCGGGGAGGAGGAGGAGGGCUCAGAGGCCGUGGUAGGGGAGGAAGAGGCGGCAGCAACAAACAGCAGCUCUCGGCAGAAGAAUUAGAUGCCCAGCUAGAUGCCUACAAUGCCAGGAUGGACACUAGCUAAACAACCUGAUCUUUGUGAGCUGCUGUUUUCUCUCGGCAGCAUCGUGGAUUGGCUGUUGUUACUGCUUUGAAAUGCCGGACAUUUUACAUUUACCUGUCUUCAGAAGUGAUUUAAAUUUGUGUACCAGUUUCUCCUUUUUAAAUGCUGAUAUUUUUUACCUCCCAUUUAUUUUAUUUCUUUUUUUUUUUCUUUUUUUUUUUUUUUUUGAAAACCUAGUCUGACUGUAGGACCCGAGUGGGGGAGGUGUGCUUGUCUUUACCUUCCCUUUAUAGUUCAUUGUAAUAAAACCUGCAGUUCAUAGUAUCUGA